AUGAAGUCGAUCGAGCUGAUUGAUAUCGAAUCAAUUGCAAGCGACAGGGCGGGUAUAACGCGGGAAGAUGGGGUAAUAGAGCUGUUAUCGGAGGCAGAUGAAGCACUUGGAAGGCGACCGUAUCCUUCUUCGCCGACUAUUCGCAGCACAGAGGCCAAUAUUGACGAGAGCAUCGGGAAUAGGCAGUUGUGGUUACAGUCCAUCGAAUUGAACGGCGAAUUCCAAGAAGACGAUUCCGAGGAGGUGGAAGAGACUAUCGGCAAGAAACCUGACGACGCACUGGUGUGUUCCGAUGCGUGUUCCGCGCCGGAUGUGUCUAUACAGGAGCUUCUGCAGACAUUUACGCCUCCCAAGCCACAUGCCGGGCGUGUAAUGAAGGCAGGGGCGGGCCCAGUGCGAGGGAGUUCAAGACAGACAAGCAGCAAGCUACAAACAAAAGAUGUGCUGCAAGAUAUCCUAGUUGAACUGGAUGAUAACUUGUCGAGCUGGGACACCCCCAGCACUAGCGGUAUACGAAGCCCUGAGACGGUGGCUACUCUUGCAGCAAAAUGGGCCAACAAAACGGAGAAAACCAGCGGCAAGCCAUUAUAUGGCAGGCCUCGAUCAUCUGGCAACCGCGGCAAUAUUCUGCUUAAGCGUACGCUUGCGAAUAGGAAUAAUAUACUUUCUAGCGAGCUUGGUGGGGAGUCCUCACCAUCACUGCAGGCCCUGACAACGCCGCUCCCUGCCAAGAGCAAUGAUGGAGACAAGAACCAGACUACAAAUGUGAUGACAACUGGGGGGUUUCGACUUGGGACUAUGGAGAAGCAAACACUGAAUGGCUCUGCAUGUGUCGACAGAAUACAACAGGUUCCUGUGUCCAGUCCAGAGUCAGUGAGUUUCUUAGAGGGCCUAUCUGAUAUCCCUAUUAGUAAACCAGUUCAAUUAACGCAGCGAUGUAUAGCUGCUACCAAUACGGGAUAUACGAAAGACAACUGCGCCAGUACUCCUAGAUCGGCUGCCGCUGUCGAAUAUCUCGAGCCAAUUGAUACAGACACGUCUAUUUUAUCUACUGCUGGCGAAGCCCUGCCACAUUCUCCGGUGAAGCCCUCGAAAGUGAGCCGCGAAAGGAGCAAAAGAGACUAUAUCGUUCACUCAAAGGCAUUUACAGCAGAAGAGUCGAAAGCCAAAAUCAGGCAACUUAUGUCGAACACUGCCCUCAAGAAACAAUUCAACGAAGUAAAUAAGGUGACCAGAGAGAAGCAAUCAUUGCUAGCUGAAAUCGUGCUAAGCAUUAAUGAACAAGUACAUCAAUACUUGUUAGAACAGAAGGUACCGAUAGCAGAGGUUCUUGGCCCGACAACCGUCAUCCAUAAUUUCGAGAGCGUACCUAUUAUAAGAUUCAAACGGAAAUGUACAUCGAUGUAUGAUUUAAACAAUGACAUAUACUAUCCCUGUGAGACAACUAUGUGUAACGAACCGAUAUGUCUACUGUUUUACAAUGCGGUUGACUUCUUUACAAAGUACAAAAACCAAAAACAACGGCUGUACUCCGAAGUUCAAGAUUUAAAACGUGCUGGAAAUAAGGUGAUUAUCAUUCUGAAUGAAUAUUCGCGAUUAGAGAAGUCUCUUGCGGAACUAGAGAAUAGAUGCAUGCGCUCUCGCGUUGAGCAGCAGUUGACAGGCGAUAAAAGCCCCAGAAGAAAGACCGUAAAAGAAGUGCAACUUACCGCGCUUGAAAUGAAUUCUAAGGACUUGGGCCGGAAGGUAAACGAAAUGAUCAUAAAAUGUGAUAUAGAUAUAUUUCCGAUUAACAGCGCUGCCUCUUUUGCGAACUGGAUCAGCAACUUGGUCUGGGUGGUCGCUAAAAUGAGGUACGAUCCGAUGAUGAAGAAUGUCAAUUGGUCUCACAUAAAUGUUAAGAUAGGGAAGACUCCCACUGAGGUGCUUUCCAAGACCCUGCAACAGAUUAACGGUGUCACUGAAAUCCGUGCAGGCAGGGUCACCAGCACUUACCCAUCGUUCCAACAGAUUUUUACGGACUUUGAGAAGGGGUACCUCGUCGCGGGUAAAGACGGUAAUCCGCUCAUGACGAAAGUCGCCGAGAAAGCGAUGAACGCCCUUCUCAUGUCAGAAGAUCCCGAGGAGCAGAUAUAUAUAAACUAG